AUGGAGUUGGCUUAUCCUGUCAGCAUUCCAGCUGACAAUUACCAAAAUGUCAGUAUGUUAAAAGGCAAGCAGAAUGAUCGUUUGCUGAACGUACCAUUCAGAGAAGCAGUUGGCAGUUUGCUGUUCCUGUCAAUGGUGACAAGGCCAGAUAUUGCCUUUGCAGUCAAUUCUGUCAGUCAACACUGCAACAACUAUCAGAGGCCUCAUUGGGAGGCUGUCAAACGUAUUAUUAAGUAUUUAAAAGGGACUUUAGAAUUUGGGAUAAAAUUUGAGUCAGGGAAAAAUAUAAAAUUAGUUGCUUUUGCUGAUGCAGAUUUUUCUGGGGAUACAACAACGCGAAAAUCAACUUCUGGGUAUUUAUUGGAAUCAAAUAAUUGUCCAAUAAUUUGGGGGUCUCGUAAACAGAAGGCAAUUGCCUUGUCAACAGCAGAAGCUGAAUUUGUUGCUGCUUGUCAGACUUUAGUUAAUUUAAUUUGGUUUAUAUGA